UAUUAUGCACAUGUUAAUUGAGUAAAAUAUCUUAUAUAUCAUCUGCAGGUAUGCUGCAAAAAAUGCAGUGGCUACUCGAGAUUAUUAAGCUUUUAGCUCUCAGAGUGUUUGGUAAUAACGGUUUCAUAUAAUGAUUAUUAUAUUAUCGUAUAAAGAGGAAUUAAAUUUGGAAGGCGAUAAAGUUCAAUAUAAGGAAAUUAUAUGUAUUAAUUUUCAACAUUGCACUAUUAUACUUUCCACUACUGUAGGCAAGUAUUUCUUACACUCCCUCUAUAGAGUUCACGUCUUAUAUCUUGCAAUAUUUUACCAAAAUGGUUGAAAUAUGCUAUAUUUAUUAAGUUCUGUACUUUAUUUUACCAUUGUAGUGACUUAUAUAGCGAAUAAACAUCAAUACUUUCUUGUUCACUGUUAUUUGUUUUCAAAUUAUGAUUACAUUUCAACUAAUAGACCUCCAUUAGCGAAAUCACCGCUAAUAUAUGCCUCAGAUAACGUUUCAGUAAGAAGGCGGCCUAAACGUCCAAAAAAUAAAGUUAUUACUCAGGAGGAGUUAGAUAUAUUUGUAGAGCAAGCUAGGAACACUAAUUUGCCAGAAAGUGAAAUUAAUGAAUAUUUGGCAGAUUAUACUAUAGAAAAGUCGGCUAAGAAAGUAAAAUCAGCGGAUAAAGCUAAAAGGGAUAGCACUCCAAAAAUUUUACCAAAGAGAUUAAAGAGACACUUGUCUAUAUUACCAGAGAAACAUGUUGAAUAUAGGCUCGAAGAGGCAAUAGAUCGCAUAAAAGUUAUAAGUGGAUGCAAAUUUGUAGAGGGUUUAGAUGUUGCAAUAAGGAUUCCGUUGACUAAAAAGAGAUCUAGAUCCACAGCGGGUAGUUAUUCAAAGCUGAUUACGCUGCCUUAUCCUUCUUUAAAAUCUAAACGCUCUAAAGUUGGUGUUUUCGCUGAUAAAGAUAUAUGUGAAGCUGUACUAAAUUUAGGAUUUUCUAACGUAUCUUUUGCCGGAGGUGUUGAACUUAUUGAGAAAAUUAAGAGCGAAGACAAACUUCCUGAUGUGAAUUUAGUGUUGUCGGAUGCAAAAACAUUUCACAAAUUGUCAAUUAUAGGGAAGUUGCUAGGAAGACGAGGGUUGAUGCCAUCCAUUGAUAUUGGCACAUGUAUGGAAACUAAGACAGAUAUUUUGGAAAGAGUUAAUGAUAUUGCUAAUAAAAAUACCUUUGUUAUGAAAUCGGAUAAAACGGGUGAUAUUAAAUGUAAUUUUGCCGACGUUUCAAUGCCUACAGAACAAAUCCGUGCAAACUUGUUGGAACUUGUUAGAAUAUUGAGAAAGAGGAAGCCUCCUUAUAGUUCACAGAAAUUUAUUUCAAAAAUCUUUAUUUCUUCUUCUAUGGGUCCAUCGUUUAUGUUAAGCACUAAGGAAGUUGGUUCCGCUAGAGGAUUUAUAAGGUGA